AUGCCGACUGGAUUCGUUAUUGAAUACGUUGCGCAACCUGACGGCGUCUCCGAAUCGCGACGGCUCUCGAAGGCGGUGCGCGAGCGCUGCGCGGCGCUGGGCCGCUGGCUGGGCGAGGUGGCGGCGCAGGUGCCGCGCGAGCACGAGUGCCGCAUCGCCGACUCGGCCGAGCUGUACCAGGUCAAGGCGCGCUUCCAGGCGCUCAAGGAGCGCUGCGACGCGCGCACCGCCGACUUCCGCGCCGUCAACGAGGCCGGCAACGACAUCCUGCUGGCAGCGGGAGAGGACAGCGCGACAGACGAGGCGGGGGGCCCGGGCGGAGUGGCCCGGGCGCUUACGGCGCUCAAUGCGAGGUGGACGCAAGUCACGCACGGCGUCUACGAGCGGUACAAGGUUCUGGCGGAGGCGUGGCACGAGUCGGGCGAGUUGCGCGCGUGGCUGGCGCAAGAGGCGGCUUGGCUGGACGGCCUGGAGCGGCGCCUGCGCCCGCGGCUUCCGCACCCGCACCAGCCGCAAGACGCCGAAGAGAUCGCCGACGAGCUCUACGACCUGGAAGACUACGUGGCGAAUCACAGCGAGGAGCGCCUGUCGCGCAUUCAGGACGUCGGCCGGCAGCUCGCCGACGCGCACAUAAUGCCGGACUGGAUCCGGGCCGAGGUCGACGCGCUCACCGCGCGGUGGAACGACUUGCGCGCCCAGGCGAGCGGCCGCGCGGCGCAGCUGGAGGAGAUGGCGUCGGCGGCGGCGCGCUCCGAGGCGGCGCUCGAGGCGCUGCACCAGUGGCUCGACGCCGUCAAGGCGCAGGUACUCGUCCGCACGGCGCGAAGGGCCGCUCCGUCGCCGAUCGCUACACUCGACCCUCUCGCCUCCGACGCCCAGGCCGACAACCUCGACGGCGACCCGGAGGAAGAGAUGGAAAGGGGUCGGCGGCUGUUGCGCGAAGCGGAAGCCGAGGCCGCCGGUGCGGCCGGCGAGGCGGACGAGGCGGGCUCCGCUUCCACAGACGCGGGCGUCGGCGCCGGGCGGCAGGAGCGUGCCGCGCGUCUCGCCGACAGGCUGCGUCUGCUGCGCGAAGAAUUCUCUACAGUGGAGGCAAAACUGACGGAAGCAAAGGCACGCGACAAGGAACCAAACGCACAGCCGACAGAACAGGCGGCGGAUUUCAUGGAGGGUAUAGUACAUUAUUGUCAAGGUCGAAGAAUUUCUCGAGGAACGAAGCGCGUCGAAACGGCAACGUUCGAAAGUGCUCGAAGUGAUGAGGGCGCCAUGCGAACAGCGGGCGCGGCGACCGCGGCGGAGGAGGAGGCGGCGCUGGAGGCGCGACUGGCGCGCGCGGCGCACGCGCUGCUCGAGGUGUCGGCGGGCGCGGAGGCCGCGCUGCCGCCCGCGGCCGGCGCCGAGCCCGACGCCGUGCGCCACCAGCUGCGCCACUGCCUGAGGCUGUACCGCACGCUGAGCGAGCUGAAGGCGGAGGUGGAGGGCGCGAUCCGCAGCGGGCGCCGCGCGGCGGAGCGCGCGGGGGCGGGCGGGCCGCGGGGGGCGGCGCUGUCGGCCCGCGUCGACGCGCUGAAGGAGCUGUACAACCGGCUGGGCGCGCGCGUCACCGACGCCAAGGGCCGCCUGGAGGGCGCGCUCGUGGCGUCGCGCGAGAUGCACGCCGACCUGCAGGCGCUGGCCGGCUGGCUGGACUCGCUGGCGGCGCGGCCGCCGCGGCAGACGCUGGAGCUGGAGAUGUCCCGCAUGGAGGGCCUGCGCGACAAGCUCAACGCGGCCUUCGAGGACCUGGCGCGCGCGUGCAACGGCGCGCCGCCGGACUCGCUGCGCGCGCAGGUGGCGCGGGUCAACGCGCGCUGGGAGCGGCUGCGCCGGCGCUCGCCCCCCUCCCCGCCGCCCGCCGCGUCGCCGCCGCCCGCGCCCGACGGGCACCCCGAGACGGCCGGAGGGCAGUACGAAUGCGUCACUGACACGAUCAAACGGCGAUUGGAAAGUCCCGUGGCGAGUCCGCGAGCGACGCGGCGCGACGUCGCCAACGACCGGCCCGACUUUAAAAAGUCGCGCAUCCCCCUCGCCCUGCGCAGCCCGAAGCCCAUACGUCGUGAAGUGCAGCGAAGUGAGGGACUUUUCUCUCCCGCUCCCGUUCCUCCUGACUUUCCCGCGGCCUCUACGAAGCCCACUAUCGCCACUCGCGACACCGAGAACGCUAACGACGACUGCUCAUUGGCGGAAGUGAAAACUAGCGAGAUAGCAAAGAUAACGGACAGCGCUGCCGAUGAAACUCCUGAUGCUGAAAAUACGCCUAAAGAUCAAUCCGGAGAGAAGACGUCUGACGCGGAGUUGGAAGAGUUCGUGCCCCGGACCGCUGACGCGCCGGAAACUGUCGAGGACAACGGAAACGAAACGGAGACGGAUGCGAGGCCGACCGCGUUUCUCGGCUCCGAACCUCGGACCACCGUGCGCGGCGUCGCCAGCGAGCGCGACCCCGCCAAGCGCCUCGAGAUCCUGAAGCGCCAGCUGGGCGCGCUGGCCGAGGACGCGGCGGCGCUGAUCUCGCGGGGCGACACGCUCGUGUACGCGCUGCACGCGCGCAACCCGCUGCUGGCCGACUUCGUGCAGGCGCGCGUGCAGGACCGGCUGCGCGCCGAGUGGGCCGGCGUGAUGGCGGAGAUCGAGGCGCGGCGCGACGCGGCCGUGCGGGCCGAGGACCAGCUGCAGGAGCUGCGAGGAUUGCUGGAGCGGCUGCGCGCGGCGCCGGAGGCGGCCGAGGCGGCCGAGCCGGACGACCGCGAGGCGGACGUGGAGCGCGUGCAGGAGCUGUGCGCCGAGUUGCGCGCGCAGCGGGUCUCGUUUCCCGAGCGGGCCGCGAACGAGACGUGCGCCGCCUGGACGCGCCUCGCGGCCGCUCGCAACUCCAGCGCGGACGGCAAGGCGAAGACCGACGGCGCGGAGGCGGCGUGCGGCGAGUACGUGACGCGCGUGAACCGUCUGCGGUCGGCGGCCGCGGCACUCCGGGCCGCGCUGCGCCAGCCGCCGCUCGGUGGGAAGGACUUCGAUGAGUUCCCGCUGCAGGAGGACGCGUUGCGGGCUCGCGAGGAGGAGCUGGCGCGGCGUCUGCGCGAGAUGGAGGUGGCCGCGGCCCACGCGCCCGACGCGCGCGACCUCGCGGCGCUCAGACCCGACCUCGAGCAGGCGGCGGCGAAGCUGAGCGCGCACCGCGAGUACAUCAGCAGCAAGUUGGCCGCGCUGGGGAAGUUCAGCGCGCGGCUGGAGGCGGCGGGCGCGUGGGCGGCCGCGGCGCGGGCCGACCUCGACGCGGCUCGCAGUCGCGCCGGCGAGCGGGAGGCGGAAGUACGCGAAGUGCUGGAAAACUACAACAAUUUGGAGCGCGAAUGUGCGAGCGCGCAACAGGGUGUUGCGACGGAACUGCGCGCCGCGGCCCAGCGGCUGCGCGACGAUUGGGCGGAACUCCGCGCGGCGAGAGACCCGCGGCCCGAGGCGCACCGCGGCUCUGUGGACUCGUCCCCCGCUGAGUGGUGCGCGCGCGGCAGCGGGCGGCGGCGCGGCGCGCACCAGUCGCCAGCGCCGGCGCCGGCUGCGCUGCUGGCCACCGUCUUGCAGAUCCGCGACUGGGUGUCUGCAGAGGUGGAGAUGCUGCGCGCGCAGGCGGCGGUGGUGGGCGACGUCGACGACGUGCUUCACCAGCUCGACAAGCAGAAGGGAGUGCUGCGCGAGCUGGAGCAGAAGAAGCCACAGCUGGAGGAGCUAGUGUUAACAGCGGAAAGCCUACGAGGCUCCGAGAACAGGCAGCAUCUGCACGGGAAAGUGACGGCGUUGCGCGAGCAUUGGGAUGAAGCGAACGCGCGCGUGCUGCAGCGCAAGGCGCAGCUGGACGCCAUGCUAGGCGACUCGCAGCGCUACGAGGCCCGACGGCGCGACGCCGACGCGUGGCUCACGCGCAUGGAGGCGCGUCUCGCCAGCAUGCCGCCGCCCGGACACACCGCCGACGUGCUCGAGAUGCAGCUGAGGGAACAGAAGUCUUUCCACGCGGAGGUGCACCAGUACAAGCAUCAAAUCGAGCUGUUCGGGCAGUUGACGCAGCGACUGAUCGCCGUAUACCGCAACGACGACACCUCGCGCAUCAAGCGUGCCACUGAAAACAUCAAUCACCGAUACGACGAGCUCAACAACAGCAUCAUCGGGCGAGGCAAGGCGCUGCAUUCUGCGGUGUCGUCGCUGCAGAACUUCGACCGCUCACUAGAGAAAUUUGUGGCGUGGCUGAGCGAGGCCGAGUCGCUGCUCGACGCCGCCGAGCGCGACCCGCAUCUGCUCAAGGAUUUGCAAUCGGAGAUCGAAACCCACCGCGACGUGUACGCGUCGCUCACUGGCACGGGCCGCCGACUGCUGAGCUCGCUGUCCUCGCAGGAAGAUGCCGUCAUGCUGCAGAGCCGCCUCGAUGAGAUGAAUCAGCGUUGGCACCACCUCAAGGACAAAAGCAUGGCUAUAAGAAACCGCCUGGAAAGCAACGCAGAACACUGGUCGGCGCUGCUGCUGUCGCUGCGCGAGCUCACGGAGUGGGUCAUCCGCAAGGAGACGGAACUGAACGCGCUGGCACCGGCGCGCGGCGACUUGCCCGUUCUGCUAAAGCAACAGGACGACCAUCGCGCCUUCCGCCGUCAGCUGGAGGACAAACGCCCCGUGGUGGAGAGCAACCUGCUCAGCGGCCGCCAGUACAUCGCCAGCGAGCCGCCUCUCUCCGAUACGUCUGACACCGAGUUGGCCCUGCAAGAAGGCGACUCGCGCGGGUACCGCUCGGCGGAGGAGCAAGCUCGCGAAUUGGCCAGGUCCAUUCGGCGCGAGGUGGCCAAGCUGGCCGACAAAUGGAACGCUCUCGUGGACCGAAGCGACGCGUGGGGACGCUGCCUCGAUGACGCCGUACAGCGCGUGCGUGCAUUCACAACGUCUCUUGAUGAGCUCGCGUCGCGCGUCCAGACCUCCGAAGCCGCGCGCUCGUCGUGGCGCGGGCCGGGCGACGCGCGCGACGCGCGCAUGCAGCUGGACGCGGUGUCGCGCGCGCGCGCACAGCUGCCGCCGCUGCGUCGCCUCGUCGACGAGCUCCACUUGCAGGCACAGAGCCUUGCGCGCGACAAGAUUCAACUGCCCGAUCAUCUGCUCGCUAAGCUCGAUGACCUCAACGCUCGCGUGGCAGCUCUAUACGCGGGCGGCGAGGAACGCGCACGGCAGUUGGCAGGUGUGGCGCGCGAUGGCGGCGCGGGCGCAGCGCAGGGCUUCCUCGCCGGCUCCGUUGAGCCGCCGUGGGAACGCGCCGUCACGCCGGCCAACGUGCCUUACUACAUUAACCACGAGCUGGAGACCACUCACUGGGACCACCCAAAGAUGAUCGAACUGAUGACCACGUUGGCCGAUCUCAAUGAGGUCCGCUUCUCAGCUUACCGUACGGCGCUCAAGCUGCGCCACGUCCAGAAGGCGCUUUGCAUGCACAUGCUGCAGCUAUCGGCGGCGCUGGAGGCUUUCGACGCACACGGGUUGCGCGCGCAGAAUGACCGCCUCAUCGACAUCCCUGACAUGAUCACCGUACUAACCGCUCUCUACGAGGUGAUCGCGGCGGAGAACCCAAGCGUUGUGAACGUGCCUCUGUGCCUGGACCUCUCAAUUAACUGGUUGCUGAACGUGUACGACAGCCAGCGCACCGGCCAGAUCCGCGUGCUCAGUUUCAAGGUCGGCCUCGUGCUACUCUGCAAGGGACACCUCGAGGAGAAGUACAGAUAUUUAUUCCGCCUCAUCGCCGACCCAUCGUGUCGCGCCGACCAACGAAAACUCGGCCUCUUGUUGCACGAUUGCAUCCAGGUUCCACGUCAACUGGGCGAGGUGGCUGCUUUUGGAGGAUCGAACAUCGAACCGUCGGUUCGCAGCUGCUUCGAACAGGCGUCGGCCGCCGCCGCCAAGCAGGCUGCCAAGGAAGCUAAAGAAGGCACGCUUGACAGAAAGGCCGAGAAAGAUCACAAGGAGAAGGAGCACAAGGACAAAAAAGACAAGGACAAGAAAGAUAAAGACAAAGAUGACAAGGACGAUAAAGAUGAGGGCAAAGAGAAGACCGACAUCGAACGCGAGCAGCCGCCGGCCAUUCAGCUGCAGCACAUCGAGGCGUUCCACUUCCUGCAGUGGCUGCAAAAGGAACCGCAGUCCAUGGUGUGGCUGCCCGUGCUGCACCGCUUAGCCGCUGCCGAGAGCGCGCGCCACCAGGCCAAGUGCAACAUUUGCAAAGAAUACCCCAUAGUUGGCUUCAGAUACCGCUGCCUGAAAUGCUUCAACUUCGACAUGUGCCAGCGCUGUUUCUUCAACGGGCGUAAGGCCAAGAACCACAAGCUCACACAUCCCAUGCAGGAGUACUGCACAGCUACGACAUCCGGGGAAGACGUCCGUGACUUCACGCGCGCGCUGCGCAACAAAUUCAAGUCUGCACGCUACUUUAAGAAGCACCCCCGAGUCGGAUAUCUGCCUGUGCAGACUGUGCUUGAAGGCGACGCCUUGGAGUCUCCAGCACCGUCACCGCAACACGGCGCCGGAGGGGGCGCGGGGGUGGCGGGGGGUGCGGGCGCCGCGGCUCUGGGCGGCCCCGACGACAUGCACUCGCGCCUUGAGCUCUACGCUUCGCGACUCGCGCAGGUUGAACUGGGCGCCAAGUCCGGAGACACUCCUGACAGCGACGAAGAACACCAGCUGAUUGCGCAAUACUGCGCGUCGCUGAACGGCGCCGGUGGCGACGGAGACGAGGCGCCGCGCUCACCUGUGCAGGUGGUUUCUAUCAUCCAUCGUGAGCAGCGCCAUGAGCUCGAGGCCAUGAUCAGGGAGCUAGAGGAAGAGAAUGCCAGCCUGCAGGCCGAAUACGAGCGGCUGAAGGCGCGCCAAACGCCCGGCUCAACUCCAGAUGAACAGCACGCCGUUGCCGAGGCGCGUGCGCUGCCGCUCGACCAGGACAUGAUGGCCGAAGCACGGCUGCUGCGUCAGCACAAGGGGCGUCUGGAGGCGCGCAUGCAGAUUCUCGAGGAGCACAACCGCCAACUGGAAGCGCAACUGCAGCGCUUACGCAAGUUGCUCGAGGAGCCAGCGCAGGCGUCGCCACCUGCGGGACGCACAGGCACGCUGCAAACACGCUCGGUGACCGCCUCACAGCUCGCCACCGACUCGCCCGCCAAGCUGCUCAACGGCGCCUACCACGACCCGCAAACCACGUGUGCACAAGAUGGCGGACGCAACUGGGAGGAGCGCGGGCUGUUGGAGCGACCGCCGCCGCCGCCGCACGCCGUGCAUUCGCUCAUGCACUGCGCAGAUGACCUAGGUCGCGCAGUCGAAGAGCUAGUGACGGUGAUGACAGAAGAGCAGCAGCAGCCUUCGCACGCGCCUCCACAAUAUACGAACGGCAAAUCUGGCAAAGACGAAAAGUAGCGUCGGCGAUAUUCAGCGAGCUUGGUGCUGCGGUUUAUUCCCGUAGAGUCGAGUCCCGCUGCGUCGACUCGUGAGGGUGGUUUAAUUUUUACUUCGAGUCUACAAUUUUUUCUCAAGUACUCCUACUCUAUAUAACGACCCUUUGAACUAGACAUGAUUUGGUGCAGCGGGACGCGGCAUUACGGGAAUAAAUCGGUGCUGCGCGGAUGCGGCCUCGGUUAAUAGUGAUCGGCGGCCGCGUCUAGCGCCCUUUUAUAACCUUUUUACUCCCGCUCUGGAAACAGUGUCGUCCUUUCAGACCAGUAUCUUUACACGGGCGUUUGUGUCGCGGAUAGCAUCAGUCGCGGCAGUUAUAAGUGUUGCCGUGUUAAUGUUUUUGAGUAUUUCAACGAGGCAUUAACCGCUCGCGUGAAGAGCCCUUCGCCCCUGCUACAAUGGGACCGCGCUCACUAGCACGGAUCGACUCGGUUCACCAAGUUGCCUACAGCCAAUCGCAGCAGCGUAGUUACGCCUGAUGAACGCGACAGAACGACUUCCAUUCGUUACUUUAAAAAAAGUUAUGCCAAAUGGAACUGUCCCUGUAACGAGUCGGUCCAACUUCACUUCUCUACAACAUUCCACAGCAUUUUCUACUAACUUUCGACUCAUCCUUAACAACGCACGCAUUGCGCCGCCGCCCAGCUUGUUCUUUGACUCUGCGAUUGCCUCGAGUGACAUUUUUGUAUGGGAUGACAUAUGAUGAAGCUGAGAUGCUUGAGAAGGCGCCCGUCUCUCAUAGAAAAAUGCCAACGAAAAAAAAUCAAAGUUACGGAAUAAACGCGGCUCUGCGCGAGCGCACAGUGCACACCUUAUUAUACAUAAGCUCUAACAUUCCACUGAUCGCCAACUACCGCUCGGCGCCACGACGAUCGUAUGCAACGCUUAUUGUAUAGAUAAGGGCCCGCCAUUGUUGCAGUACGAAUCGUGUUUGAGUCGUUCCUCGCACCUGUUCUCCCCCGCUUGCGUGUUCGGUCCGCGACACUGUUGCCGGAGCGCACUUUCCAACGAAAAAGACACUGUAACGAGCAUUUAUAUUUUAAAAUGAAAUUUUUCAAAACUUUUAUCGUUUAAGUACAUAUCUCGUUAGUACAAUCUCCAUUAUUGUAAACCAAUUAUACUAUCAUAUCACUUUGUAAAUUCCCAUAUCAUUUUGCUGUGAACGAACUGGCGUUUUGUAUAUAAUACAGCACCGGACGGCCCGCGCGCGGCUCGUUUCGUGGCAUCACUGUUGUGAGGGAUAAGGCAGCUUACACACACGGGGCUUGAGAGCUUAUAGGAACGCAUGCUAGCUACAACCGUUUCGACGACCGGCUUUACCACAGACGGGCAGCUAUAUUUAUUGGAACUACGUUUUACUGCGAAUCCGCAAUUGGACUUGGCCUAUGUUUUAGAGAUCUUGAUGUUAUUUAGAUAGAUGUCUCCAUGGAACAUUCAAAUCAUCAUGUAUGCCACGACUCCGUGGCCGUAGCUCGUAAUGGAUUCGUUAACCGUUCGCAAGUAGUUGUAGUCGUAGCCAACUCAGUAUGAACCGUGUUAUCUUCAUGUUGUGUAUGUUACAUAUAUCAAGUUAUCGAAUGUAUCGUUAGAUGAAAACAUGUAAUCGAACUGCUUUCGCGCCCUAGUAGUCUC